AUGUCAAGUAUCUCAAUUUUAGAUAUAAUUAAGGCCAACCCAAUCGGAAAAGCCUUGGACGCGUUCCGCAGCUCCCUUGAGUCUUUCGACGGCGGUAACGCUCGCUCACCUUUUGUAUCGCCCAUUCUAACGAGCGCAGAACUGAAGAAUCUGGGGUUUGAUCUCGUGUCAGCCCUCCAGAGUCUUCCAGUAUGCCGGCUGCUUCCUUCUAGGAUUAGGUUAGGUGCCGGUAUCAACUCCAGUGACUUUGACGUCGACCGCGUCCUUCCACUCCAGAGGGCGAUCUUUAACAAAGAACCAGAUGAGGAUGUCUUGAACAAGGCGACCGACGCCGUCGCCGAGUCCACACCUCCCCGCCCGCUGCCGUACGUGAACCAGACCCCGUUGACACGCAACACGAGCAGCUUUGUCAACUCCUCCGAGCAUCGGAAAUAUAUGGACGGUGCCCUAAAGGAAGAGCUAGCGUCGGUAUACAUUGGGGUUCCCAGGUUCUACGAAAUCUUCUUUAGGGAAGUGGACGGCCUUACAUCGGCAGCCGAAGCUGUCUUCAAAAAAUGCAAGGAAGGAGAUGAUCCACUGGGGUUGGAAGGGUCGACGGCGGACCGCAAGCUGGAUUUUGGCUUCGUGGACGAUCCGAAGGCUAGCGAAACAUCCAAGUGCCACUGGUCGCAGGUUCUCGUGCCAGAGGAGCUCAAGAGCAACCACACCUUGGAUACAGUGUCCCAAACGUUGCUUGACCUUGGUAGAUGCGCAAGAGAGGUGCUGGCAGCGCAGGACAGCCGUCGCUUCGUUCUCGGAUUUACGCUUUGCGGACCUGUAAUGCGGCUAUGGUCGUUUGACCGGGCAGGCGCAAUCGCCUCACCGUCGUUUGGCAUUAACAUGGAGGGGCAGCAAUUCGUUAUACGGCGAGCGGCUUGUGUGGUGGGCCGUGCAACAACGUGCUGGAAAGCAUAUCGCGAGGGGGAUGAAUCACGGGAACCUCUCGUCAUUAAAGAUUCUUGGCAGUAUCUGGAACGUGAAGAGGAAGGCUUGCUGCUGCAAGAAGCCACUGAAAAGAAUGUAACGAACGUGGCAAGGUACUACCACCACGAGACCGUGUGCGUGGGCAGCGAGGUGGAUGACGUUUAUGGCGGUGUCCGCAAGGGCCUAGAUACCAGCAAAGCGACGAACUACAAACCGAAAAGCUCGAUAAUGUUGCCCCCUCUCACUAAAGAAAGAGGUCGAAGUGCAGGCAGUGUCAGGAAAAGAAGUCGCUCAGCGGCUCUGACGCAGAGUUGCCGCCCAGCAAGCGAGCUACCGAAUCGCGUGCAUCGCUGUGUCAUCGUUCGCGAUUACGGAAAACCUAUCUAUCGUGCAAGCUCUCGAGGGGCCUUGCUGGGUGCUCUAAUGGGUUGCAUCGAAGGUAAGGACAUGAUCGGAGUCUCUUGCGUAUUACAUGCUGACCAGAAAGGAUACAAGAAUCUGCACGAAACCGGCAAUAUAUGGCACUGCGACAUAUCACAAGGCAACCUCAUGAUUAACGAGAAUGAAGAGAACCCUUCGCGGUCAGCAUUUCUGAUCGACCUAGAUCUUGCAGUCAGAGUGCAGCGAGAGGAGCCUUCCGGAGCACGAGGCAAGACCGGAACCAGAGCUUUUAUGGCAAUAGGGGCCCUACUUAACGACGAGAAACGCACCUUUAUGCAUGAUAUCGAGUCUUUCUUUUGGGUGCUCUUCUGGACAUGCAUUCACUACAGGAGACUAGAUGAAAGAGGCAGGGUCGUCCCGAAGUUUGACAAGUGGAACUUCAUGGGUACGGAACUAUUGGCAAAUCUGAAAAAGGGCAUCGUGGUUGAAGAAAUGGAUUUUCUUAAGACUGUUGGGCAGUUCUUCACGCCGUACUAUCAGCCACUGAUUCCUUGCGUGAAUCGAGUGCGGAGGGUUGUAUUUCCAGGUGGUAGGAGGCGGAGGAAGCCCGAUCCGACCCUCUAUUCCGAUAUGAAGAAGACACUCCAGGAAGCACAGAAGGACUUAAGGGAUCACUGUAGCGAGUUCUCAGCGUUCGUUCAGCGACCUAGCGUAACAUGA